UAGUCGGACACUGGUAGCCUAGUAGUCUCACCAUACAGCUGCACUGCAGUGUUCGCACGCUUCGUUAAAAAAAAAUACGUACCUAGUAAAUAUAAUUGUUUUUAAACACUUGUCGAACACGAGUCUAUUUCGAUCGAGAAUUUUCACGUUACGGACUUCUAGACUGUAGUGCUAGAUUUAUUUACCAAGUGCCGUAAAAACAUAAUGGUGCGCUCUCAUUAAUUUUAAUCGAGAUUCAACGGGUCACAUGGAUGCAAUGCCCGGUACCUUUUCAUUGGCGUACAACCGUCGGCGCAUCGACGGCGGCGGUACGAUAGGAGCCGGCGCAGGAGGAGCAGGACGACUUCCGUGCCGUUAUUACGCCACGGAAAGGAGGCGGCACAGGUAUUCGUCAUUUUCCAUAAUGAAAUGGUUCCGGCGGAGCAAGCAUUACGACGACGACGGCGACGACGACGACGAUUCAGCCUGGUUCCGGGACGACCUGCAGCGCAUACGGCAAGCGUACGCGAAACAGGAAGCGGACUACGCUGCAAUUACCCCGGUUGCAGCACGGCGCAGGCCGAUGGCCGCCUCCACGUGGUCCAGGUGGUCCGGUAGUACGACGACUGUGUACAGUUUCGCGUAUGUAGACGGAGCGCCACGGGACGAUGACGAGAAGGACAGACACCUUGCAGAUGACGACGAUGUGGUCGAGUACAUUGACGCGGCCACACUUCCGGUGGCGCAUCGGCGGCGGACCGACCUUGGUCAGCGGCACUCGCCGUCCACCACAGCUGGGACAAGUGCCCGUACUAGCGGGUCCGUGAAGAUUGGGACGAUGACGGGGGCCACGAUGACCACCAGGCGAAGUAACAAAAAGGCCGCUCCCCCUCCGCCGGUGUUGACGGUUGAACCUCCAACUGCGACAGCCGUUGUAGGGACGGCAAACACUGCGACAGUACAGCGACGCGUGGCCGGAACGAUUUCCAGGAAAAAGUAUAGAGCGCCUCAGCCGCCGGCGGACGGGUCGGAACCGCGGCCGCUGCAGCAGCAACGCGGGCCCUGCCGUCGAGCAGCACCGGUGCAACGCCGCAGAAAGGGUCCGGCGCCUAAGCCACCUGUCGUGCAGCAAAUGCAGCCGCACCCAGUCAUCACCAGUAAUGCCGCCGCCACCGCCGGUGUCGAGCCAGAAGUCGGUUCAAACGUCAAGCGAAAAAUCUCGCAGUACGAGAGAGAUCGACUCAUGCAGCGGGUGGACAAGAUCGAAAAGCAUUUUUUGGAUAAGACGGUGACGGCUCCAAAGGCGCAAACGACGGCGGCCACUCUUCGCCACGGGUUCGCGUCCCCGGCGGCGCUGUACACGGCCAUGGCUGCUACGAACCUGACCGAAUUGGACAAGCAAGCGGCCGACAUAUGUCGGCAGAGGAACCACCGUGGGAUCGGCGUACCGCUGGCCGUACCGCUGACAGCCGACCACAAGAACGCCAUUGUCACGGCUGUCAUUCGGAAAUCGUAUCCGACAACGACGGCGGCGGCAGCCAACGACGGUAAACGAUCAGACAAAGUGCCUGCGCCGUCUGCAGUGGACGACGAAAUGCGGCUCGUCCGACACAAGCGUUUAGCGUUUUUCCAACAACAGCGGCCGACGGGAAGAACGGACAAGCGGGAAACUAUCGCCGGUGACAACGGGUCGGCGAGUGGAAUGACCACCUUCCCGAAACCAUUUUUGCAGGGAACGCAGACGGCGUUCAAGUCCGCCACUGCCGUAACCGUCGAGGCCAAAACGUUUAAGGUCGAUGUGACACCUGUGGCUGACACGGUCGUCCAGAGUGGCGGCAGUGGUUGUUCAUCUGCUGCAGACACUAAAAAUUUGCCAUCUGAAGAUAAAGAUAAUAAUUGUUAUCAGCAAUUAAUGGCCAUGGAAAUGCAAAGUGACCUAGUACUUCAUAACGGUCCCUUUGAGUGCGCUGUGUGUUUAUGUACAUAUGAUAAUAAUGGCGUUGUGUUACGUGAUUGUUUGCAUGUAUUUUGUAGGCUUUGUCUGCAAAUGACGAUCGAUCAUUCGAAAGCCGAACAAGUUGAAUGUCCGUAUAUAGACGAGCGGUAUUCUUGUGCGGGGGUUUUGCAACACCGUGAAAUAAAAAAGAUAUUGGAUUCGGACGAGGAGUAUGAACGAUUUUUGCAAAGGUCAGUGGAACGAGCCAGACAAUUGUUAGCGAAAGAGCAAAAUGGCGGAUCUUUUCAAUGCAGACGACCCGACUGUACUGGUUGGUGUUUGAUCUACGAUAAGAAUGACGUCUUGGAAUUUAAGUGCCCCGUUUGUGGGACAGUAACGUGUGUUCGGUGUGGGUCAAUUCAUGCACAAGGAAAAGGAUGUAAAAAGUUCAUGGAAAAAAAUGACUGCGAUGGCACACUGGAGAAUCUUAUAGAACGCGGAGAUGCUAUGCCAUGUCCAGGAUGUACUACAAUUCUAUCAAAGCAGCAGGGUUGCGAUUGGAUUAAAUGUGCCGUAUGUUUUAUGGAGAUAUGCUGGGCAACUAAAGGUCCAAGAUGGGGACCUAAAGGAAAAGGAGAUACUACAGCAGGAUGUAUGUGUGGCAUACCAGCUGGAAGAAAAUGUCAUAUUGACUGUAAAUAUUGCCAUUAGGCAUUCGAUGGAUUUAGGUGAAGGCAUUUCUGAAAAAGUAAUGCUUAUUACAGCAGAUGUAGUAUGGUCAUUAUUUGAUUGAAAUUCCUCUUCGAAAAUGUUCAUUUUAAAAAAAAAAUUAACAACAAAAUUAACGAGCACGUGUAACGAGACAGAAAGUGCAUUAUGUAUUUUCUCGAAUAUUAGUAUUUAGUGCCUAUGCAAUUACUACACACACGCGCUCCGUAGCGUACAUUAUACGAAUCAUCAUCGCUGUAGCCGUAGAUCGACGCGCCGCCAGUAGAAGAAAAUAACAUCAGAAAACAAAAAUCGCCAACGCCGCCGCCGAGUAUGGACAACAGAUAGCGUGCAGUAAGAAACACGUUUCAAAUGGUCAUCAUUGCAUAUUAAUUAAUCAUUUUAUAUUAAUUAAUAUGCAACAACAAAUAAAAGAUUGUGAAGCGCGUCAUCCCAAUAGAUCACUAUGAUAACCAUGCGUACGCGACAUCAAGUGAAACACCUAUAAACUACGAAAACAUGUACCACCGUCAUUAUUAAUCCUAACCACGCCAGCAGCCGCAUACACUAACAAAUAUAGGCCAGAGCCAGCAGUCAAGUCGUCUUCCGUUAUACAAGUCACUAGUAUACGUAUUUACCUCUAUGGUGUUGGAUAUGGUUAAUCCAGGUCAAAACUACCCAAAGGUAAAUAUCGCCACCGCCGCCUCCGCCGUCCGCUUCCUCUGCCGAGCUCGGAUAUGGCCGUAAGACCAGAUCAAACAAGCCGGUACAAGCAAUACCGCUGCCGACAAUACGUAUUGUGCUUGGAUAUGGUCCACCAGACCAGGUCAAACUAGCCAAUACGUAUUUUCCCGCCGCCGCCGCACUUUCAUUUCUGUCGUACUCGGAUAUGGUGAACCCAGGUCAAACGGGACGAUUAGAAGUUAACUUGUCCCCAUAGAUAUCAUCACAAUACUCAAUAUCGUUAAUGAAUGAGCAUAGCCGUCAUUCGAUAGUAAUUGUCAAAUAUCUAUCCGUUCCCCAGCCGUCGUUCGACUAUCGUUAUUUAUACCGCGAACGACACGCACCCGCCGUUGGAUGUUCCGCACACUUUGAAUCGCCGCUCUUUAAAUACCUCGAGAACGAGCCGCAGCUGCCGUCCGACCUGUAUAUUUACAUGCGCCGAUAACAGUUAUUUUGUUAACACAUCACACGCACAUUCACAGGUCGUCGUAUCGUAAUAACUAACGAUUACAUAAAAACCGUAUUAAUAUCUGUCAAUCGUCGCUCGUCCACGCCGCCGCCGACUGACUGCCCGUAUUUUACAAUACGAUAUCGUAUAGACACGCAGCAGUAUAAUACUGAUCAGUGAAUACAGUGUGCCUAGUACCUACGUUCAUAUCAACGACCACUGUAUCCAUCAAACAACCCGUCAAUUCAAUCACAGCCCAGCCGUCCCGAGAAGGAAGAGCAAAGGAGUAUCGUGAGUCCAAAAUCAUUGAAUCCGUCAAAUAUAUUUCCAUGUUAUAUGUUUUUUUUUAUAAAUGUCAAAUCACCAUUGAGUGAUAUAAUUACUUAAAAGAAAAAAUUGUGAUCUAAUAAAUAUUUCACGUAUUUAUUUCAAUAAACAUAAUAAUUAUUUUAUGAACAAUUAAAA